GCAGGUUGGAGAGUAUUCUUAGAAAUGCAUCAAUGAAGGAUAAGACAGUGAUAAUCACGACUUUGAACGAUGCAUGGGCAGAGCCAGGUUCCAUAUUUGACCUCUUUCUAGAGAGUUUUCGAGUAGGGAACCAGACGCAGCAACUUUUAAACCACUUGGUUGUAAUAACGUAUGACCCAAAGACACAUGAGCGUUGCCUUGCCAUGCACCAUCAUUGUUACCUAGUUGAAAACAAAGAGGGAAAUUUCACCGGUGAAAUGUUUUACAUGUCCCCAAACUACCUACAAUUGAUUUGGGGUAGAGCUAAACUCCUUGGUUCUGUCCUUGAGUUGGGAUACAACUUUCUGUUCACGGAUACUGACAUAAUGUGGCUCAGAGAUCCCUUCGGCCUAUUUUACGAAGAUGCAGAUUUCCAAAUAGCUUGUGAUUUCUUCAAUGGAAAUUCCAGCGACAUCGGCAAUUUUCCAAAUGGAGGGUUUAAGUAUAUGAGAUCGAAUGAGAGAACGAUUUGGUUCAUAAAGUUCUGGAUCAACGCUAGGAUUUACUUCCCAGGAUUGGGAGAGCAAGCGGUGUUCAACAUGAUCAAACUGCAUCCCUUGAUUGCUGACAUGAAGGUGAAGAUCAGGUUCCUUAGCACUGAUUACUUUGGAGGGUUUUGUGAACCUAGCAAGGACCUCAACCAGGUCUCAACAAUGCAUGCCAAUUGCUGUAUUGGCAUAGAAAACAAAAUCCAUGAUCUCAAAAUUCUGCUUGAAGAUUGGAAGAAGUAUAUGGCAUUGUCUGACCAUGACAGAGAACACUUGAGUCAUUCUUGGACCGUACCACAACGUUGCGGACCUCAAUUACCAGCAGAUCCCUUACCAGAAAAUCCCUUGCCAGUAAAUCCUGAACCAUUGCAAAAGGUAGCACAAUAAACAAAGGUUGUGAUUACACUUGUUGCUGACAUUUUAUAGGUAGAACAUCAAAUAAUACACAAAGAGUCUUUAAUACAUAGUUUUCUUUUAAAUAUAAGUCUUGCUUACUUACAAUGGUAUAUUUUAUUACAUAAAUCUGUACAAAAAUAAAUAUUACAUUUGAA